UCGAAAGUCACAGUGCAUUUCAUCUAAUUGUGAGUUACAAUAGCAAACGUUUUUAUAGAAUUUGUAUUGUUUGAUCCAGAAUUUUAUAAUUUUAAAAUAGUAUAAACCACAAUGUCUGAGCGAAAAGUGUUAAACAAAUACUAUCCACCGGAUUUCGAUCCAUCGAAAAUUCCGCGUAUGAAAUUGGCGAAAAAUCGUCAAUACACCGUUCGAUUGAUGGCACCAUUUAAUAUGCGAUGUGUUACAUGCGGUGAAUACAUUUAUAAAGGAAAAAAAUUCAAUGCACGCAAAGAAGAUGUUGAACAUGAAACAUACUUGGGCAUACGAAUCUAUCGAUUUUAUAUAAAAUGUACACGAUGUUUGCAAGAGAUUUCAUUCAAAACCGAUCCACAAAAUACAGACUAUGAAAUUGAAGCGGGUGCAACACGAAAUUUUAUGGCACUUAAAUUGGCCGAAGAGCAAGCCAAGAAAGAAAUGGACGAACUGAAAGAAGAAGAGGCCAGCAAUCCAAUGAAAUUACUAGAGAAUCGAACGCAACAGUCAAGAAACGAAAUUGAAUUGCUGGAAUCGUUGGAAGAAUUAAAAGAUUUAAAGCAACGCCAGCUAAAGGUGAAUUAUGAGGAAAUGCUUCAGCAGUACGCACCACAAGAAACGCCUGAAGAGAUGGAACAACGUCUAGCGCGACAAGACGAAGAGUUUAUCAAGCAAGUGAAAUUCCAAAAAUCAAAUGUAAGUGGCAUGAAACGUGUUGCCGAAGAGGUAAUUAUCGAAGUAGAAGAUAUGGCUGCCACAACUUCCAAACUACCAAGCAUUGAAAAGGACAAGAAAUUAAAUCAACUGUCAAUGGGAACAUUCAAAAAGCCACAAACAAAUCGAUUAGGUAUAAAUCAAAAGUCUUCAUUGGCAAAUUUAGUGAGGCCAAAGUCCACAACAAUCACUUCAACAGCUACCUCGAGUGAUGCAAAGAAGAGUGCUAGUAUUACGAAAGGUGCAGAGGUUUCGAACGUUUUGUCAUCUUCUUCAUCACAGCCAGUGAAAAUGACGUCAAAUGCGUUGUCAUUACUCGGCGGAUAUGACAGUAACAGUGAUAGCAAUGACUCUGACUAAAUUUAAGUAUGAUUCGAUCCAAUUGUCACUUAAAACGCUGUUCAAUACAAUUCGUAUAAAACUAGAUCACUUUAUUAUUCAAAAAUAUUGUUCAAAAAAUAAAAUUAAGCAAGUUUUUAAA